UUAUGAUGGUCUAAGGCGUCAGACCAAUACUUUUCAUUUUGCUCGUAGAAUUCGUCUAAGUCUCUCAAUAUCUAAACAAAACAAACAGAAGAUCAAACAUGAUGAGAAGAUAAGAUUGGUUCGUCUCUCCCCACCCCUCCUCUCAAGAUCAAACAGAAGAUCAAACAUGAUCAAACAUGAUGGGGAUCAAAUUCUGCCGGCCCAUUUGAUGUAUACCAUCUCUAUAAUUUUGCCCCUUUUGAAGGAAAUCAGACACGAGAGAGAGGAGGAGAAUCAAUUCGGAGAGCGAACCCUAAUUUCUGAACAAGAAUAUGCAGAGUCUGAGAUCCGUCUUUGCGAAGGUUUACCGCGGAGGGAGAUCCAUGGGUUCUCACCAAGCUCGCAAUUUCUUUUCUUCACCGUCUGGUGUCUAUAGUGCGUCGAAUGUAGCUGCGCGGAUUUUAAUUCGAGGAAUAUCAGCAGCUGUGGUAUAUGCCAUCGCUCCUCAUAUAAGUGGCGACUUGAAACGCGAGAAGCAGCGUAACGAGAUAUUGAGAGAUUUAGACGAAUUCUACGAGGAAAGUGAAAAGUAUUGGUCUGACAUGUUAGACCGUCGUAACUUGAAGGCGAGCAGAAAGAGGCAGUGAGAGGGAUGAGUCUGAGGAAAACUUCAUCCAAGGAAACGAUAGUUAUCUUUUCAAGCUUUGGGUAGUAUCCGGUCACUUUGUGGAUUGGAAUUUGAUCAGACAAUCAAUUAAGUAACUUGCGUUUAGACUGUAACGUGUGUUUAUUUUAAUCUGAUGCUGCUUUGUCUUAUGGUCAACACUCACCUUUGAUAAUAUGAAUAAGGAAUUUUUAUAAA